AUGACCGAGAGCUUCUUGCUGUGUUCGCUGCCGUCAAGUUCUUCAGACACAUACUUGAAGGAAGAGUAUUCCAGAAAGGCAGAAAAGAGUUCGCCACGCCAGCUAAGACAACUGGACUACAUCUCGCAGUUCACCACGGACAUAGUCCAUGUGAAAGGCGAAAACAACGUGGUUGCAGACACGCUCUCCAGGAUCAACGCAAUUGAGAUGCCAAGCACACUCUCAGCAGAAAUCAUCGCAAACGCGCAGGAAGCACAUCCAGAACUCGCAGACAUCGUAAGAUCCACGUCGCUCGAGCUGAACCACCUUCGAAUCGAAGAAGAAGACAUCUGGUGUGAUGUCUCGAUGGGCAUCGUACGACUGUACCUACCACAACCACUUCGACGCAAAGCAUUUGACGUCAUCCAUGGUCCGGCUCAUCCGAGCGCUCGCUCAACGCUGAAGUGCAUCAAACAAAAAUUCAUCUGGCCAGGCAUUAACCAAGAUGUUUCUCGCUGGGCACGUGAGUGUUUACCGUGCCAGCGAUCAAAAGUCAGCAGACACAACAAACCACGGCCUGAAUAUAUCGAAGCAACGGACAACCGAUUCAAUCACAUCCAUUUGGACCUGAUAGAGCUACCGCCUGUACGAGGUAACCGCUAUUGCCUCACAAUCAUAGAUCGUUUUUCCAGAUGGCCAGUUGCACUUCCACUACCGAACAUUGAAGCAGACACUGUAACAUCCGCUCUCUUCAAUCACUGGAUAUGCAACUUCGGGACUCCACUGACGAUCACCGCAGAUCAGGGAAUGCAAUUUGAAUCUGCACUCUUCCAGUCAUUAGCGCGACUAAUUGGUGCAACUCGGAUUCGCACUAUGCCGUAUCAUCCACAAGCGAACGGACUCAUCGAACGCUGGCAUAGCACCCUGAAGGCAGCACUAAGAUGCCAUGCACCAACACCGUGGCUAGACAUCUUACCAACCGUUCUUCUUGGCCUAAGAGCAUGCGUGAAGGAGGAUCUGCAAGCGUCUCCAGCAGAGCUUCUCUUCGGCACAACACUACGGUUACCGGGUGAAUUUUUUGUUCAUGAGGAUCCACCGGCUGAUCCGUUUAUAUUUUUAGAAAAAUUCCGCGAAUAUAUUCACCGCGUUUUCCUGGUGGAUAUCAAUGGUGAGGAAAAAACCUUAUCAACAGAGUUGUUAAAACCCGCGUUCAUAGUGCUGGAGAACAACGGCUCUGAACAGCCGCAAACGAGUGAUCCGCGUCCGUCCACUUCAUCCGCGCCACAAUUCAAAAUGAAAUGCGAACCUCAUCCGUCGAUAAUUGUCACUACCGCUUUAGCAGAAACGUUCUAG